AUGGUGACGGGUCAAUUGGUCUCAUACUGGAGGCGUUACCAGCUGCUUGACGCUGUGGUGGGUUUGGGGCUGCUUGUAGUCUCCAUGGUCGUCGUCGUUUGGGUCUCACCCUACUGCCGUCCCUUCAGCUGGAGUGACCCGACGAUAAACUACCCGUACGUCACGAGAGUGACGUUUCCGACGUGGACACUUUUGUUUUUUAUUCUCUUGGCGUUGCUUCUCUACACUGCAGUGGUGACGUAUCUCGGUGGCGCUCUCUGGGUGUGGCUGAAGGCGCAGCUGCUGGCUGUCAUAUCACAGCUGGUGGUGGUUAAUCUGCUCAAGGUAUACGCAGGCCGCAUCCGCCCCGAUUAUUUGAACCGCCUGCGAAGUUUGGGAUUUAAAGAGGGUUUGCACGAGAACGCCGGUGUGCAUGGCGUGACAGACACGGAGUAUUACUGCAGGCUGGGGGACGAGCAUCCCGUGCUGCGCGAGGGACGUCUCUCGUUCCCUUCAGGGCACAGCUCCACGUCGUUUGCGGUGAUGACGCUUAUGUCUCUUUUCUUAUUCGCCUAUACACGACCCUCGGCGCGCGGGGGAAGCUUCUUCCGCUUGCUGCUGUCCUUGUCGCCCUUGACCAUUGCCUUUCUGUGUGCCGUGAGCCGAACGCGCGAUUAUUGGCACCACUUCGACGACAUUGUGGCUGGCGCCUUAAUAGGGGGCGUCAGCGCGUUGUUGUGCUUCUACAAUGCCUUUCGGGUCACGGAGGGUGGCCUGUGCGUUGCAAGAGUCGUCGAGUUAAGAGAGCAAGAGGAACGCGCGGAAGGGGCCCCAAGUGAUCCUCAUAUAACUAUUGUACCUGUUUGA